AUGGAUAUGAGCAGCAUGGAUCAUUCGUCACACUCGUCCUCUUCGUCAUCCUCAUCAUCCAUGACAAUGUCGAUGGCUAUGGUCUUCGUUAAUACCCAGGACACACCCCUGUUCUCGAAUCAGUGGACUCCGUCAUCCAGUGGCGCGUAUGCUGGCACGUGCAUCUUCCUUAUCAUUCUAUCGAUUAUUGGCCGACUCCUGGUUGCGUUCAAGGGCGUCAUGGAACAGUACUGGUUGAAUGCUCAUUUGAAUCGUCGCUACGUGACCGUCGCGGGCAAGUCAACGGAAGCUGGUCGUAUCGACACCGACCCGGAUGCCAAAGUGGCUUCACUCGUGACAGCACAAGGGGUGGAAGAGUCCGUCAAAGUUGUGCGCCGGGCUACACACGAGCCCCUUCCGUUCAGAUUUAGUGUUGAUCUGCCGCGAGCAUUCCUUUUUCUCGUGAUUACAGGGGUAUCAUAUCUGCUCAUGUUGGCUGUCAUGACUAUGAACAUUGGCUACUUCUGCUCUGUGUUGGGUGGUGCUUUUCUAGGCGAACUGGCCGUGGGGCGGUAUAUACAAUGGAAUGAGCAUGGCCAUUGA